UCUCUCUAGCUUCAGUCUGCGUUCUACCGCGUGAGGGGACGGUUGUGUUGCGCGUUUUUUUAAUUUCGCGUGAUCGCUUCCGAUAAAAAACAUUCGGAAUUCAAAUAUACUUUUUUUUUUGUUUUUCGCGAAAGUGUGGUGAUUGCUUGAGUGCGUAAACCGUUAAUGUGUGUGUGCUGAAUUGUGGUGUUGAAGUGCAUUUUGGAAUGUUGCAAACCUAUCAGGUAGCGGGCGAAGUGAGCGGUUUCUGAACGACUUAGUGCCAGUGAAGUGCCAGUGAUGUGCUAAUAGCCAUGCGCGCGCGCCGGCGCGUGACGUGACGUCAGAACCCAAGAUGGCGGACACCAGUCCCGCCACCUCCAUCAUCGAGGGCACCGUCAAGUUUAGAGACGGGAAGAAGUGGAAAUCAAGAUGGUGCGUGAUGCGGAAGCUAUCUCCAGUAGCAGACUGCGUGCACCUCCAGCUCUACAAGGACCUGAAGGAACGCCAGAAGAACGGGCAGACCAAGGCAUCCCUGUCCCUGCAGCAGUACCUUGGCUUCGAGGCUGGCUUCACUCUGGAUAAGGAGUCCAACACCCUGGCCAUCCUGUGCGAAGAUGUGGUUCCUGUGCUUGCCUUUGAUACGAGGGAGAUCCUCAUACAGUGGAGAGUUAAGGUGCAACACAACCUCGGCAGCAGCAAGGAAUUUGCCGCUGUCAUCAUCCAAGCCCCCCAUUCCUUGAAGCCGGGUCCAUGCCGGCUGCACGCCUGCGGACCAAGGCUAGCUCUCUGUGCCAACCGGCCUCCUGAAGUCCUGGCGUUAUGGGACGUCAAACUGUUAAGACGUUUCGGCAUCGUAGACAAGCGGUUCUGCGUGGAAGGUGGCUCCCGCUGCGGCAAGGGGGAGGGGUUGUUCGUGUUCGCUGCGGAGGGGGGGAGGGAGCUCACGGACCUCCUCAACAUGUACAGCCACGAUGCGCAGUCUAGGCUCAGCGUCGCGUCUAGGUCUGGCUCAGUUCUAGAAAAGCGCUACUCAGACACAUCCAGCAUGGACGACGGGUUCCCUUCGCUCCGCUCCGUGUCCCCCUGGGCGCCGACCAGCCAGACUAUGCACUGUAUCUCAGACCUGGACUCCAGUAUGGAAGAAGACAAAUUUAGGAGGCCUACGUCGCUGCCUAGGUGUUCUAGCUGUAUUGGGAAGAUCAGUCAUCUCACUAGAUCUUCCGUGGGCACACCUGGAUCCAUGAUGUCUCCAGUGUGGACGAUGGGCAGCAUCGUGGAGAAGCGGUCGGAUUGCGACCGAGCUUCGAUUUACUCUCGCUCCAGUGGCAGUGCCUCUGAGUACAACACAGAAUCAAAACGCGGCAGCCCCGUGUGCUGCCCCAGCAUCCCCGCCAAGACGGGCGCCUGCCCCUGCUGGCAGCCCAAGCCGUGCUGCUGCCGCAAGUUCAGCGGGCCCUACGAGAACUACGACGUGCCAAAGACCCCCAUGCCCCUCAUCCAGGAACAUCCAAUCGACGGAGGAGACACAAAGAGCUUAUACGAUACACCAAAGAAACUAAAAUGCCUUCUCAACCAAACGUGCAAUUGUAGUGAAGCCAAAAACCAGGACACUGUACAUAACGAAUCAUUUUCGAACUACGUCAAUGUGACACCCAUGCCCGAGAAACCGGCCAGAGUGCACAAUUGCAAUUACGCAAAUGUAGACCUUUCAGCUACGUUAGAGAAGUUCGAAAGUUCCUUGCAGAUUUUAAGAAGCGCUGGUUUCAGUCAAGAAGAACUAGACGCUUUAGAAGAUAUACCAGAAAACGAUGACGAUAUAUCAACUGCCACAACGAAUACCGUCCAUCCUUCAGCGGAAUGCUGCAAUGAGCAUUCCAACUACAUGCACAUGGAGCCACUUGAAAUAAGCAGUUCAAGUAACAGCAACAAAAACUGCUCGGAUAAUAUAAGCAGGAUCAGUCAUGUUUCCGAUCCAACGCAGCAUUCGGAAUCAGAUACGAUCAGCACAAGACGUUCUAGCUCUGCAGACUUCACGAAAAGGCAUUACGAUGACUUCCAAUGCUUCACACCAACAGUGUUGAGGAAAGCGCGGAAGAACGAAUGCAUCAAUGAAGGAAUCCCAAUCAUCAACGAACCUGAGGCGCCUAAAGAGAUCAAAGCACCUGAGAAAAGCGAGACCACCUUCGUUACCAGGUUUAGAGAUGCAGUCAAGAUUAGAAGGUCAUCUAGCGUACCUAGUAAAUCGGAUAAGAAUAGAGAUUCUUCGUCUUCAAACGAUUCUGGGGUUUCAACAGGCUCUUUGAAGCAUCAUAAAGGUGACUUCGAGUUUGAGAUGCCGGUGACCAAUGGCAAGAGCUCUAAGAAGUACUUUAAGAGUAACAAGCCAAUCAGGAGAGCGUUGACGCCUGUUCACGGGCCGUUUGUGAAGUCGAAUUCAUCGGACCCACUGAAGAACCUGACGUUUCACUUCGAGGAGGUCGCGACGAUGACUAAGUCGAACUCUUGCGACGUAGACACGCUGACGAGACGGAAAAAACGGAAUGCAGACACGGACAUGACGGCGCGUCACAGCCAAGUCACUAACAAUACGUCCUCGGGCGCGUCCGACACGUCCGACUACAUGGAGUCCCUCUCCGUAUCCUCCUUCAGCUCUUGUGACGUCACUGCCGAUCGCCACGCUGCUAGGCCGAGAUCAGGGAAAGAGUAUGCUAGUAUAGACAGGGCUACCCUCGCUAGCGUGUGUGACGUCACCACUGCUUAAACUGGACUGUGUCGUUGUUAUAUUAACCUAAUCCACUGAUUGUAGUUAUUUUAGACAAGAACCCCUAUUCGACAAGCGACGUUUGACGUAUCGUGUUGAUCUCCCGUUGAUGUGGGAAAAAUCAUAAGUUCUCGAAUACGUACAAUGUCAAAAUUUGACAUUAACAAUCCACAGUUAGGGCGACAAGCAAACCAAACCGAACCACCCUUAAUUUAGAGUUGAGUUUUGGUUGUACCAAAUGAUAUUAUCCACCGUUGACGGAAUCAUCACUCAGUAUGCAAUAAAAUCAACUGUUGAUUUGACGUGGAUGCGAAAUCUGACAGUUGUACGUGUCGAAUUUGGCCCAAGGUAGUAGGAAAGGUCCUUCAAGGAACCUUUGAUACAUUGACAUCACUAGAUGACAUUGAUUACAUGGAGUCUCCGUGAUUUCGUUUAGCUCUUGUAACGUCAUUGUUCUGGGAAGGAAAAUGCUAGUAUAGACAGGGCUACGCUCGCUAGCGUGUGUGAUGUCAACUCAACACUGCUUAAUCUUGACUAUGAGAAAUUGAGAAUCAAAUGAUCGUAUUAAACCAAUGGUUUUUAACCGGUGGCAUCUUAAAUAAUCUGCGAAAAUUUAAAGAAUGAAAAAUUGUAAAAAAUUUAAUUCUAUUGGCAGCUCUUUUUAGAAUUAAGUAAGUUUUAUACACAAGACCAUAUACACUGGUUAACACAUUCUUUAUCCCAGUCUCAAAUUUUCAGAAAUGACUUUAAUCCAAAUUAAGACCUUAUGUCGUUUUCAUAAAAUACUUUUUUUGUAAGAAACCGUCCUCUGGAUGAUGAUGAUGAUUUUGUUCUAUUAUCCCUCAUCAGGGACAUGAAUAUGACUUUAUCAUUUCUGACUUUGUACUUAUUUGAAGAUAAGAUAAUCUAUGCUAUACCAAUGACCUUACUUAAAACAUGGCGAAAAGAAAGACAUGAAAAAAUAUUUCAUAACCAGUAAGCACUAUGAUUAAAUUGAUCAGUAGAGCUAACAUGGGCGGCUCUUUAUCAUUUGUCACCAUGCCUGUCACGUUCUAACAAAUAUGUUAGUGCGAAAGUGACGCAUGGCAUGAGAGGUGAUAAAAAAGCGGGCAUGAUACCGCCACAGAAUUUAUCUUAUUGGUUUACAAAUGUUUAGCGACUUGUAAAUAUAAUUUAGACUCGUAUGUAACACUUGUAGGUACUUAUUCUUUCGUUCCUAUGUAAAUAGUUGUUAAGGUACAUAUUAAAUAGGGAAUUAGAGGUAGCAAUGUUUCGUUAUUUACCUAGUAGAGUGCCAAAAGUUUUGUAGUCUCUUCGUAAACGACUUUUUUAAGAUUAUUUGAGAAAUUUUUAUAUGCUAUUCAAGGUAUUCAAGUCUUAAAACUGAGUUGGUAGUAAAGUAAUAUAAAUUACUUAAUUUCUCGCAUGAUCUUAUACGAUAAAAAAUGAUAAAAUGAUAAAACAUGUCACUUAUUGAUAAUGGUCGGUAAACGUAAAAACACGGCAGGGGCUGAAGGUCUUUUUGAUUACGAGCAUAAAUCAAAUGAAGACGAUAUAAGAAGAAUACUUGCCGCUAAAAUGUUCCACUUUCUCGUCCACAGCUAAGAAAAUCUUUAUUUUUAUGCAAAAAAGUAACGAAAUAACUUACCUCGAAAUACAUUUUUUGGACAAUUUGAAAUUGUUAUCUUAUACUUCGGAAAUGUAUUUUUAAUUAGUGUUUUUGGAAUUUUACUUAAUAUAAAGAUAGGUUAAGGUUUUUCGAUAGUUUUUAGUACUUAAAUUAUUUGUGCCUAUACGUACAAUGUUUUAGAUAUUUCAUUUAUUUGUGUUACCUUACAUUUAAUUUACGAAGUAGUUUAAUACUUUAUACUUAGAUAUAUUAACUUAAGUGUGGUGCAUAUUAAAAACUGUAUGCAAUUAUAUACAAAUGUUUAUUCAUUUUAUUAUAUCUUUUAUAAUAUUAAGUAUCGCCUCAUUAUCUAGAAGCAAUAGCCUAUGUACUUCCAAUAUGUCCAUAUGAUAUAACUACAUUAUAUACAACACUAAAAUACAUUUUUGUACUACAUAAAGCUUCGGAAACGGUUAUCCUGCCAAAUAAAUGGGUUAUUCCCACUAGUUAGCACUGGGUAACUACUGGGCAUUUUUCCCACAUUUUACCACUGGUAACAAUGGGAAAAAAUCCACCUUUUACCAGUGGUUGUUAGUUUGUGGUAACUAGUGGGAAUAACUCAAUAAAAUUAAUCAAUAUUUAUCUAUUAUAUUUUUUGUAUGACUACAUACAAUUUGUCAAUGUUUAAACAGGAAUUAGGCACUAUUCUUCUAAACCGGAUGUAUAAUACAUAUAUGACAUUUUGUUUAUUUGACAGCUUAUAUUUCUAAGGUUUGUCACAUUAGCAUUGAUUUAAAUUAUAAAUGUAAAACCUUUAGAAAUAAAAGGCGUAUGGAAUUGAAGAAUUAUUUUUAAUCCCGAGUGGUUGAAUAUAAAAGACCGUUUUAACUCUUUACCAAGCUAAAGCUAUAUGUGCCAUUUUCAAGCAAAAGGGUAGGUACGUAUUGUCAGUUGUCAAUAAGGUGCUAUUUCCAUAUAGCUUUAAUUUGAAAUCAACCUUAUCGACAACAACGAUUGGUUGAAAACGUCACAUAUUUGCCACAUACGGCACUUAUACACGUGUUUUAUUUUCGAUUAGUAAGACUGACAUUCGAGUGUCAAUUUGAACUGUCAGCCUGAAUAAUUCAUAAUAAAAAAUACACGUAUAAAUGAUCAUCGCUAUUACCGGGGACAAAACGUCUCAACAAUUGUCAGUGACUUAAUAUUAUAUCCACGACGAUAAGUGAUAAAAUAUAACCAUUGUAAACCGAGUUGGUCACACUUUUUACACGACUGCCCAAAACAUGGAGUGUAUUGUUUUGUCAUUUGUCAUCGUAGCAGUUACUUUCUAAAGAGUAACUUUGUAAGGGCGGGAGUGACAUACGGCGCAAUAAACGAUAAAAAUGUAUCAGAUCCGUACUAAAAGACGUAGAUUGCUUUUUAACCGCUAUUGCGACAAACCUUAAUUUUGAACGAGACAAAACUGUAAGGAUUAAUUGGAACAAACUGAAGUGUUUCUGUCUAGUUUGUCUUUGCAAUAUAUAUCUUAUUGCAAAUCGUUCAAUACAUUUGUAGUAACUGAGGACAGAAUAUUGAAUGAUUAGAUUACAGUGCGACAUAAAAUAGUAGAAAUUAAAUGAGGGCGCCACUGUCUAUGUAACUGUCACAUUUUUGACGCAAAAUGCCUUAACAUGGCAACAAUUUAGUAUGGAAUUAUUUUACAGCUUGGCAAAAAAGAGUAGAAAUUAAAAAGUGGCAACACUGUAGUGUCAUCCCGUUUUCUUAUACUUACCUAUUGGUUUGAAAGGGACGACACUACAGUGUUGCCACUUUUUAAUUUCUACUCUUUUUGCCAAGCGUUCCAUUUUAUUGUAUUUUUACUAUUUUAUGUCGCACUAUAUUGAAGGUAAUAUUAAGAUAUCUGUUAAAAUGACUCCACAGUCAUACUUCGAUAUUUAUCAAUUUAUAACAGGACCUGUUGACCACAUGAAUAUAUUACGGUCAAUGAGCUUAUGAAAAAGGCAAUCACUGGUUUGCAUUUCUUACGAUUUUGUCUCUUUUAGGAAAGUACUGGUAUAAGUGCUGGCAUAAUGCCGUAUAGUCGCGACACUAAAGAUACCUAAUAUUUAUAUUUGCUAUAUAUAUAUAUAAUAUAAUUCUUAACCCUUUGAACACCACAUGUAUUGUGCGCUGCGCGUCAAUUUUAAAUUCGGGAAAAGGAUGGUACGGCCGUGCGUCUUUGUUUUGCUCGACUUGGCGGGGGCACUACGGUGCCCACAGAUACCUGUGUAGGUAGGUAGGUAUAUCAUGGUCGCAUUUUUAUCGCCUGUCAUGUGCCUGUCUGCGUCACUUUCGCACUUUCAUACUUGUAAGAACGUGACUGACAUGGUAACAGAUGAUAAGAAGGCGACCAUCUUAGCCCUACCUGGUUUAUUAAUAUGAAUAUAACCUAUGUAACGAACACGUGAACGGUGUAUCAAAGAGACUGAUGAAAUAAAUUUUGGUUGCGCUUAUCACGCACGAGAAAACAAUUUAAAUGAUUAAAGCCCCCAGCUCUUACUAAUGCCCGGUCCGGUGUCGGAAAACGAUGUAAUGUGCAGGGGGACAAUUUCGACUGCUGGGUAAUUUCAACUAAUCGAAAUAUCUUCCAUGUUUUACAUUAUUAACUAGAGUGCCAGAUAGCGAAAAAGAUGUGUUUUGUGUGUUGUGAGUGACUCUAGUUAAUAAUGUAAAACAUGGAAGAUAUUUCGAUUAGGUGAAAUUAGCCCGCAGUCGAAAUUGCCUCCUACAUCUUAGGUAUUUUAUAAUUAUUCGUGAUAAGCGCAACCAUAAUAGCAAUUCCUGUCUUAUUUUAUUAAAACUACAACAAAGUUACUAACAAUAGUGUCUCGUCUAUACGAAGUCUAGAUUUUGUUGUAUAGUAGAAUCACAACAAUAUACACGGUGAGAUGAUAAACAUAACUUUUUGUGGUUCUGCUAUACUGGCUCUCUGUCUAGUCAGAUUGUGUGGUGGCCACAUUUAGUUUUUUGGCAUUAAGGAUAUUAUUAAUAAGUAGUACAUAUAUGGAACUAAGGUGGUGGUACUGGUGCUCGACGCGGUCCCGGUACAUGUCAUCUUGAAACUUAAGUCAUUGUCAAUAGAGGUGACAGCAGGGUGUCAUCUAUUGGGCAUUAGCAUGUCGAGCACUGGUACCUCCACCUUGGUUAAACAAAAAAGAAUCAAAAAUUAAAAUGUUUUUUUUGGAUGGUUAUAGUAAAAUUAUGCUGUUUUGCAAAAAGUAGGAAUGUACAGCCAUCGCUUUCAGAUAUAUCGGAGCGGCCGAGGCGCUCACAAAUAUCUGAACACGCCUCUAUUGUCAGGGCGUUGUAGUGCGUGUUCAGAUAUUUUUGAGCAACUCUGCCGCCCCGAUAUAUCUGAUGGUGACUACAUUCAACUAUUUUACAUUUUAUUUUGGCGGCUCUAAAAUCUAACAAGCCGUUUAUAAUCGUUUGUCCCUAAACAUCAUUUUAAAAUUAGUUUUUUAACUAAAGUUUGUUAAGUUUUAUGAUUUUUUAAAGAAAAGGCAUAUUUUUUAACUAUUUGGGGCCACCACGCUCAUGGUUUUGGUGUUAGCAUAUGAAGGGUUCUUUAUUCAGCACAAAAUUAUAUUUUAUGUGAAAGAUAUUUUCUUAUCUUGCGUUUAGCACAUCUUCUUUCUUUACGUUUUGUAAUAUUACGUCUCAAGACAAAAUAUAGUGCAUUGAAU